CCGUUUGAGAGGGGGGGAGAAAGAAAGAAGGAAGGAAGGAAGGCCGGUGAGGAGGCGGGCCGGGUGUUUGUUCUCGCUUCUCCUCCGCCAUGAGUUCCAUCGGCACCGGGUAUGACUUGUCGGCCUCCACAUUUUCUCCGGAUGGCAGAGUAUUUCAAGUGGAAUAUGCUAUGAAAGCUGUCGAGAAUAGCAGUACAGCAAUUGGAAUACGGUGUAAAGAUGGAGUAGUCUUUGGAGUAGAAAAACUAGUUCUGUCCAAACUCUAUGAAGAAGGAUCCAAUAAACGUCUCUUUAAUGUUGAUCGACAUGUCGGAAUGGCAGUAGCAGGACUCCUAGCUGAUGCCCGAUCUUUGGCUGACAUAGCAAGGGAAGAAGCUUCUAACUUUAGAUCCAACUAUGGUUAUAAUAUUCCGUUGAAACAUCUUGCAGACAGAGUGGCUAUGUAUGUACACGCCUACACACUAUACAGUGCUGUCAGACCUUUUGGCUGCAGCUUCAUGUUGGGCUCCUAUGACGAUGAUGACGGUGCCCAGCUGUACAUGAUUGACCCCUCAGGAGUUUCAUAUGGUUACUGGGGGUGUGCCAUUGGUAAGGCAAGGCAAGCUGCAAAGACAGAGAUUGAAAAACUCCAGAUGAAAGGAAUGACUUGCCGUGACGUUGUUAAAGAAGUUGCAAAAAUAAUCUACAUAGUCCAUGAUGAAGUAAAAGAUAAAGCUUUUGAACUUGAACUCAGCUGGGUUGGAGAAAUUACUAAAGGAAAACAUGAAGUUGUCCCGAAAGACAUUAAGGAAGAAGCAGAGAAAUAUGCUAAGGAAUCUCUGAAAGAAGAGGAUGAAUCAGAUGAUGAAAACAUGUAACAUGUUUAAGUCAUUUUUAAAAAAUCUAAACUGCAGGCCUGUUUAUAUAUUUGCCAUUAUGUAUGUGCUGGAAGAAUAUUUUGAGUGACCAGCUUGCACUAAACAUUUUUCCAAUUACUGUUUAAGAUUUGAUUUCUGAGUAUUAUUCGUCCAAGGACUCAAACUAGUAAAACCAGAGUGGGGUGAUGGGGGGGGCGGGGAUAUAAUAAUAAAAAAGGUACUUAAUAUAUUUGACUGAUCCAAAGAACCACGCAGCUAGUUCUGAAUAUUGGUGAAGAGUUGCAGUUUGUCUCUUGAGUAGCCCUCACCCAAAUGCUACAUGGCAAUUCUUUUUGAAACUAAGGCUUU